AUGGGAGGAGGAGCAGAUCAUGGACACGGACACGGACCUGAGGGGGCCCAUGGUGACUUUAGGGCGAAGGUUUGGAGCAUGAGUGGAGGUCCAUACUGCAGGCCUAAGCACUGGCGCCGUAACACUGCCAUUGCCAUGUUCGGCGUCUUCCUCAUCUGCAUUCCCAUCGCCAUGAAAUCAGCCGAGCUCGAGCAACGACCACAUCAUCCUGUUCGCCCAAUUCCAUCACAGAUCUGGUGCAAGAACUUUGGGACCAAAGAUUACAAUGACUCAUGCUAUGACUUCAAAUUUCCAAGGUUUGACAUCGACAAUGCAAGAAUUAGCAGUAGUGAGAUAGUGUUUCCAGAUCGCAGCACAGCCCAUCUAGGUACUACUGUGGCUCAGACUUUGAAGCAGGGGUUCCAAGCGCCUCAAGUUAGGUGGUCUGGACUCUUUGUUGUCAAGUGCAGUUCACCUUCUACUUGUGUCGCCCGCAAAAUAAAAUGUGGAAAAAGAGAUGAGAACGACCUUUCCUAG